UGUGCAAUCGGCAUGGUCGGCAUCAUCUUUCCGAUCCGUAGGGUUUUAACAUUAUUAAACCCUGUUUAACUGAUUAUGUGUUCUUGUUAUUGGAUUUGCUCUCAACGCCCCAAAAGAUCCCACUGCCCUGAGGUAUUACAAGCUCGCAAGAGCAUGAUAGCUGCGAGGUCUCCAACAGGCGAUUUUGGAAAUUAUUAGCCGAGGGACAUUCGUCAGAUUGCCUAGCGCCCAACUUUUUGAGGCAGUAAUAGAUAGUCAUCGAUACAGCAGAGAAAUCCAGACACCACAAAAUCAGGUUGACAUCCGACUUUGAUAAUGGUGCGAUACACCAUAGACAAGUCCGAUGAAGUGGAGGAGCACCCGGAGUCGCCGAAGGGCCCAGAGGUGCCCGAGAAGGGCGUCGAGGGCGUGGCCGAGGGCGUGCAGCAGCUGCAGUUGAAGGAGCCGCCGGAGGACGACCUCAAGGCCAUCGCACGGCGCGUGGCACGCAUUGAGGGCGACGUGCGCGACUGCCGCCAGAAGCAGCGCGAGAUGGAGGGCAAGAUGGUGCGCAUGGAGAACUGGCUGCAUGGCUCCAUGGACGCCGUCCUGCGCAAACUGGACUCGGUGAUCGCAAGCCAGCAG